GUCCGUUGCGUCGCCGAAGAAACAUCACAGAAACCGAACGCACACGACGACUCCUCCGGCAGAGAGAUGCCCCCGCGUUGCCCGCACAAGGGGGCGGUCGACUCGCAGCAGGGUGGUGGCGUGUGAGCCCAGCCGACCCCGGCAGCAGCUAGACCAUGCCCGUGAGCACGGGGUCACUCGGAGAACCUCGCGCCAAGCGCUGCAAACUCUGCGACGAGUCAAAUCACCGGAGUGAGCCGGGCUCUGGGUUUUGGCAGCUCCAAUUAGAUCGCGACUUGGUUGAUACCAUCUCCGCUAUUUACCCGGAGUGGUUUCAGAACAAUAUGGCCGAGGGAGGAUCGCCAUCGACUCCUAGGGAGUCACCGCCGAAGGCGGUGAUCGAUACAUCUCCACUCCACAUCGAUCAGAAUAAAGAAUCCCUCAAGGUGAAGUUGAUGCUACGGCGGCCGUUCGACCAGCUGGUAGCGCAAGGAAUCAUGCCUCCUCACAAGACGCCGGCGGCCUUCCACGGCCAGCGGCGGCAGCUGGAGCGGGCGAAGACCGGCGACAUGCUCAAGGCGAAGAUCCAGCAGCGGCCUCCGCGGCAAGAACUCGAAAGGCGGCAUAUUCUCGAGGCGGAUCCAGGUCACGUAGAUCCCAGUUUGGCGGAACGCCAACGAAUGCUGAAAAAAGCGCGCUUAGCGGACCAACUCAACGACCAACUAUCACACAGACCCGGUCCCCUUGAACUCAUCCAGAAGAACAUCCUCCACACGGAGGAGCCCAUCGAGCAGGCCGUGAAGACCGGCCGGAUACCGUACAAGGCCACCAGCGAGGGCCAACUCAACCGCCCUCAGCACCCCCAGAGUUAUGUCACUCCGGAGGACGACUCGCAAAGUUCCGAAGGCGAUAAUAUUGUCAGUCCAGGACCUAGUGAUGUUUUAGAGACCGCCGCGAAAUCGGCGGGUAUCGUGGUAUCGCUCAUUCCCGCCACCGAAGGCACGGUGGUGGUUACGACUGCCACCCCAGUGUUAAACAAAGACAACAGUGAAAUAGUGUUCGCUGAUUUGUGCAGAUCGGUCGCUGCGCCUCUUCUGCCCCAAGUAUCGGCCUCCAGUCCGGCGUCCCUAGUGUCUUCCACGUCCACUCUUAGUCCCUUAUCAUCAGUCGCUAGUCCUGUGCCUUCGGUUGUCUCACAACCGGCCACACCAGCACCACCCCCGCCACCACCUAUAGUACUUACACCUAGACCAAUCCAAUCACCUGCCAAAAGCGAUGCUCCCGGCAAGGACAAGAACAGAAAAAAAUCCAAGUCAAAAUCGGCCCCCAAAGCACGCACCAUUAAAUUCCAUGAAUAUAAGGGACCACCGAGUGCCCAAAAGAACUCAAACAAUAACAACAACAACGGAGAAAGCUCCUACGAUCUCUUAUUACAGCAACAAACCCUUUUACUGCAGUUUCAACUGCAGUUGCAGCACAAAUACCCCCAAAUUAUACUACCAGCUUCCCAAAAAACAAACAACGAAACAAAUAACAAUAACCCCCUACCGUCCCCAUCACCAUCAACUUCGUCAGAAUCAUCAACCCCCGCACGCCUUACAGGUCGCUUAGAAGACAUGAAAGUCAGCGAUUUGAAAGCCGAACUUAAACGCCGCAGCUUGCCAGUCUCGGGCUCCAAACCCCAAUUAAUCGAGAGAUUAAAACCAUUCACAGGAUCCGAUUCAUUAAAUCAGAAUAUUUCGUCAGUGGAUUCAACCCACAGCAAUUCGAGCAUGGACCAGUCACACAACUCCCCUCAAUACCAAGAAACCGGUUCACCUCAAGGUUCGGUGAAGGAAGAACCGGCCGAACAGAUGGAAAUUUCGGAUCCUAGAAGUCCUUUACCACAACAACAAAUCCAGGAACAAUUCCAACAAUUGCAACAACAAAUCGCUCAACAACAACAAAAUCAAGAAAACUCACAAAAAUCCCAAGAAGAAAUCGUACGAGAGCAGCAAAGACAAAUCGAGGAGUUGCAACGCGAGUUGACUCUCUCGAAGUUGCGGCUCCAGGAAGUGACUCGUGUCGAGCCCAAAGCCCAGUUGUUGGCCCUGCAGAAGCACCUGCAGGCGCGACAGCAGCAACAACAGCACCAACAACAGCAACAAAUCGCUUUGCAGAUGCAACAAUUGCAGGCGUUGCAAGCGCGACAAGCUCACGUUAACGAAGAACAACAAAGGAUACAACAACAGCAACAUGUGGCGUUCCAGAACCAGAAAAACAUGACUGGUGGGUUGGUUCUGAACGGUGCUGAUGCGGCUCUAGUGUUUAACCUAAUGCAAGGCAAAGCGAAAGUGGUCAAUGGGCAUGUGCGAACUAAUUCGUUACCAAGUUUCUUGAAUUCCAUUGUUCCAACGCCGGUAAUAGCGGCACCUGACGUUAAACCGGAAUAUAUUGAAGAUGUGAAGCCACCGCCGCCUCUCUACGAAGAAGCCACGAAGCAAAUCAACAAGAAGAACAACGUCAAGAGUCAGACUGUUGACGAUGUGUUGGAGAUUCUUAUCAAAAACGGGGAAUUGCCUCCGAGUGCAGCUCAAGACCCGUCGACUCCGGGCUCCGCCGGAACGAAGACAACCGAGCCGGUGUUCCCGAACAGUCCGGAGGCGGCUCUGGGUCUGGACCCGACCGAGAUUUUGGACACUUUGGACAACCUGGACAACAUGGACUUCACCCAGUUCGUGAUGGAGCUGGGCGACAACCAGCAGCAUUCGGACAACAACAACAUGCAGAGUGACCACGAGCAGAUGUCGGUGCCGAUGGACACGGACGAUUGGUUGGAGUCGCUGUGCGUCGAGAACGGACACAAUGGUGCGUGUACGGCGCCGCUGGCGUCGCAAGAGGCCGACCUGGUGGGCUAUGACCCCCUGCUCGGCAUCACUCAGGAUCCCUUCGAUCCGUUUAACUUAGAAGAGUUCCAGUCACCUGCCGAUUUGACCGCGUCGCUUUCUUGGGACAAAGUCGACUAUGCAGCGUAGUGCGCGUGCGCGAGUCUCCAUUUGCGGUGCCGCUUAUUCCAGUGAUGUGCGAUUCCACUCGGUAAGAAAUUGACAUUCCACUAACGGCCGCCAAGAUCGCCAGAGGGCGCGGGACCAGGGCGGCCCCAAUCGGCCAGGGAACACAUCAACAGAUGAUAUUGUACAUAUAUACUUGUAGUGGUAGAUAACGCUUAGGGUUUACAAAUUUCGUAAGACACGAGGUUUUAAUUUAUUUCAAGGCGGCGAUGAGACUGAGGUUUUUUUCUAAAAAAAGAAGCUGCAAAAAUAGAUUUUGAAAUAUUCCAUUUUCUGUGAAAGUUGCUCAUUGGAACGAAAUGACAAUUUCAUUUAACGCACCAAUUGGAUCAGUUAUGUGCCUCAGGUAGCAAGGGUUUUCUUUUUUACGUACUUUACUGUAUUUUUAUAGGGUUGAAAGGUUGAAUGUCUGAAUAAGUGGUUUUAUUUGGGAUUAGGUAAGGUGUACUUUUUAUGUAAUAAAUUGCCUUGAUUUAUAUGUAUAUUUUGCAUUUGAAGUAUCGUGUAUUUAUUAAAAUAUUUUAGGACGUUUGCUAAAAUUGAUUGUGAUUUUUCUUGUCUUUUCGCCGCUGUCAUUGAUUCUUGGAAUUUUUUACAACCGAGUGUCAAUGUCUGACUACCUGUACAGAUUGUUUUCUGACAAAGCCUUUAAUUGUUAAAUUAUUUCGAAUGUUAGACAUUUAUUUUGUUGACUAUUUGUAUUUAGGCAGCCCGUGCUCGGCUGCAACAGGAAUGUCGCGCUCUUAGAUUGCCUAAUUUAUUGUAUGAAAUAAGAACUUGAGAUGCCUUAUGAUGAUUAUACAUUGCCUCCUUGUGUUUGAAUAUGUUUCAACCCAUACUGUUCGAGGGAAACAUUUUACAACGGCUGCAAUAUUUUAUAAACAGUAUGCGGGUGAAAUGCUUCAUUCAUAAUGUAAUAAAAAUGUAAUUAAUCACAA